CUAAAGGAAGUGAAACCUACACGACUCCCCUUGACUUUAGUUUUGGAAUUGUUUCAGGUUAUUCGUUCCCAGUUUGACUGUGUUUUCGAAUAGAUUGACAAGAUGAGUGACCUUCCCAUCUUCAGCCCGUUGGUCCUGAUCGGCGUGGGCUCCAGCUUCGCCUUCUCUGGCUUGUUUUACCACUUAUACAAAGAGAAGAAAGAUGAACUGGUCAAGCUGAAGGAAAUACCCAAAUUCAUCCCGGAUCAACACUUGGUUAGGAUCCUCAAAGCAUCGCCUCACAGAAAACUGCAGUACGUCGCAGUAGAAGGUUUGGUCCAGGCGGACGGUGAGACUCUGGCCAGUCAGUUUGUCCCAAGAUGCUUUGGUGUGAUCCAGAAAAUAGCUAUAGAGGAACACUGGAAAGUGUGGAACAACAUCACUAGAACUUGGAACUCCAGAACGACCAACAGGAAGGAGACUAACAACACCGUCCCCUUCAGUCUGGUUGAACCGGGCGCCUACAUCUCCGACAUCACCGUCAAGGUCCAUUCCCCUCUGGAGGCUUCCGGCUGGUUCCUGGAGAGAGUUCACUGCCGUGUCAAACACGCCCAGGAGGGCCUGGUGGAGGUGUUGUUGGAGGGCCUCGGCGGCGAGCGGCCCAUGGCGCAGAAGGAGACGGAGGAGCUGCUCCGUGUUGGAACCACUAUGACGGGUUUCGGGGAGGUGGUGCUGGAGGGAGGGACAGGGACGACCAUGAGGCUGCAGGCGCCACAAGAUGGCCGCCGCUACAUCCUGGUCCCCACGGACUACAAGGGGUUUAUAGAGAGACAUGAGGGUACGGCCAAUCUGUGGAAGAGGCUGACGGCGUUGUUUGGGAUCACAGGAGCAUCGCUGCUGGCCGGGGCGGUUUAUAGUACGAUGGGGAAAAACGACAGAAGGGAUUAGUAGUGAUGAUGCCCAAAUCGACUACCUUCUACCUAGGUCUCCUGCACAUCUAAAAUGAUUAGAUAGGUUUUAAGCAAUAUGUUGAAAAUUCAACCCAGCCUAUCAGAAGGUAAAGUAUUGCUUAAACUUAUCCUAGUUCUUUGUAGAUACAAAUAUAUUUUGUUAAAUGAGGGAUUAUGUCCUAGGUGAAUGGUAAACGUCUGUAGUGAAUAUUAUUAAACCACUCAAUUUAUAGGAUUAUGGAGGACCAUAGGUAUUGCAAGACAGUGUCUUGACAAAUCCCGUCCACAGGGUAUCAGUGGCACAUACGAAACAGUGUUUAAGUCGAUACAUUAACAACGGAGGACUUAUACUGGAACGUAGACCAGCCAUUUUAUUUUUUUUCAAUGAAAUGUUCUGAAUCAAUAUUUUUUUUCAAAUAUCUUGUUUUAAAUCAUGCCUUGCCGGUCGCUGCGGUUUGGUUUAAGUAAGGUCUUUGAGAUGGUGGUGUAUUAUGUGAUAGACGUAUGUAUGACUAACAUCAGCAGGCGAGUUUGCUAGUAUAGAACACAACUACCUCUAUACAGCAUUAAACCACUGUGGUUACUUGAAAAAUCGUUUUCCCCCAGGGAAAUCAUUUAUUUUUUAUUUGGUUCUGAACUGACAAGAGACAGGUAAAACCUGUCUAUACUGAACACUAAAGCAGAUCUGUGAUCUAUUCAUUGGUUGAUGGUCUAUGUUGGGAGUAUAUUAAAACUACUCAAAAGUG